AUGAUUGUGUUGUACAUAUGUACAGUUAUAUGGCUCUUUCCAUUUGCAUAUGCCGUUUCAUUAAACAUUGGUGACGAUCAUGUGCCAGAUCCUCAGAUUGGGCGAAUUUGUGCGUAUGGGGACGUGAACAAGGACAGAUACACUGACUUAGUUGUACAAAAGGGUGGAAAGCUGGUGUUUUUGUUGCAAUCGGAAGAAGGAAAGUUCAAAACCAGCACGAGGCAUGGGGAAAUUAACUUGAAUGGCAAAGAAGAAGUAUAUUGUGCUACUGGAGACUUCAACGGGGAUGCUGCUUUGGAUGUUCUUGUUGUUUCCGUAGGUUUUUUAUUCAUUUUUAUGGUUUAGGUAAUGGAUUGCUUCUUUGCUACAUUGGUUAAGGCAUUUAACUGCUUCAAAUUUACUAACAAUAAACAUGUUUUAGUCAGGAAAUGGAGGUGAAUUUUUUAAAGUAAACGUUUACCUGAACCACGAGGGACUGUUUACUGAUGCUACAAAUAUUUCGCAGACGUUUGUGGAACCACCGUCGAUUAUGGAUGUGAACGGUGACGGCACAUCAGACAUUGUUGGUAUGAUAAGAAGGGAUGGUAGUAUUCAUUCUUUGUAUUGCUUGUGUGGAAGUAAAGCCAAGACAUUUGAUGAAUGUCAUGAUAGUUUCAUCGAGGGAAACUUCUCUCAAGGGCCUUACGAAGGAUUUCCUCAUAUUUUUGUGGAUUUGGAUGGGGACUUGAGUUCGGAGAUUAUUUUUGGUAUGAAACAGGACAAAGUGCCACUGAAGUUGAUGGUUUUCAAAAGGUUGGGAAGGUAAGGAUUUUUCUUGAUUUACUUUUAAUUUAUUUAGUGUUUAUCUGAAAAGAAAUUUUUAUUAAAUGAUAAUAAUGUAUAAAACAUAUUUAGAUGUUACAUCUACAAAUUGUAAUAAUAUAUUAUGUUUUAGUGCAAGUUGGAUAGAAAAGAAAGACAUGAUCCCAGAUAUACCAGAUAGUCCUGACCUUAGAGAAUUUGCUGCUCCAGUUGUCUCUGACUUUAAUGGUGAUCUGAAGAUUGACAUUGUGAUACCUGUAUGCCGAGCUGUUGGUGAUUGUUCUCAUAUUGACAAGUUCUUGGUCUGGUUCUACGGUAUGACAAAAUGGGAGCAAUUCCAGUUGGAUAUGAAGGAACUGUCAUUUGUGGUCGAACCAAACUCAAAAACCGUCUUCAGAGUUGGGGAGUUUAAGUUGGAUGGAUUUCCUGAUCUGAUUGCCACUUCUGUUGUUGUCAAUAGCAACAGAAGGAUCGAAACGAGAGCGCCGCUGAUUCUGGAGAAUGUUCACGCUGACAACGGAAAUUUCUCCAGGUAAAUUCAUCUAUUUUUAAUGGGUUCUUCUGAAAUUUAGGUAAUAUUUUUAUGAUCUUUUAGGAAAUUUGACUUUAAUAUUCAAAAAGAUCUUCACCUUGUUCUACCUGAAGCGAUGGCGGGAGCUAACAUAACGGCUAGUUCAUUCUUCGACUUGAAAGAAGAUGGUAACUUAGAUGUUCUAGUAGAAUAUAAAGACAAACAUGGAGCCGGGACGAUGGUCGACUUUAUAAAAUGUGAUGACAAAGGUGAUACGACGUUCUUGAAGGUUCAAGUCUUCUCUAACGUCUGUUCGUAUGACUGUCCUGGAACGCCUACUAGUGAUAGCGGUAAGUUACUUCUAAAGGUUGUAGUUUUGGUCGAAUAUAGUAAAUUAGUUUUUGUUUUGGGUGAUUUAUAUACUUACAAUACCUUUUAAGGGAGUGGAAUUUCAUGGUGCGGUGCUUGCGUAUCGUACUCUAUGGACACAUCGUUCGGAGCUCCCAAGACAGCCGUCCAAUGUCAGAUCCCUCAAACAACAUAUCGUACCUUACACUCACCCUUCCUUCUCUUUGGUCUGGGUCGAUCGCCCAACUUUGUCAACGAACUUCUACUAGGAAGUCCAAGAGAUCCUGACCGGAAAGACAAUCAGCAACAUUUUUUGAAGCAGAUUGUUCCGAACAGCCGGCUGAUCGUCGUUCCUCCAGAACGGAAUGAGAGCCAUUGGCAGAGCAGAUUAUACCUAACUCCGAGUACCUUGAUCAUACAAUCACUGCUCGUACAGGUUACUGUAUGUUUGAUACUACUUGGUCUUGUCGUCGGGCUACACAUGCGGGAACGACGGCACGAUCGCCGCGAACGACAGUCACAGUCACACCGCUUCCAUUUCGAUGCUAUGUAAAGUCAUAUGGGUAUAAACAUUCCGUGGGUCGUAUCUUGUAAUAUAUUCAGUGCAGGUUUUAGUAGUCUAAAACAGUAGUACUAUCUUCUUUAUGGUGAUAUAUGUUUAAAAAUGUCAUAAUUUUGUUGUUUUUGGCAAUUUUUCAUAAUUGAGUAAUGACAAAAUAAUGUCACUAUUUUGGUGAUAGUGAAGAAUGUAAUUGUGAAUUCUAACAUCUGUCUGCCGGUUUAUUUGUAAACGUUAGUUACGUGCUUUAAUAUAUUUAUGUGUAUAAAUGUAAAUCAACGUGUUUCGAUAGAUUUGACAACGAUUUAACUUCGAAAAAAUAUUUGUAAAAUACGAAAUUAAUGAUUCUGUUUCAAAUUUAAUUUUUUUAAAUCUACUAGUAUUUAAAGAAUUGAAACUGAAAAAAAAAAGAUUUUUAAAGUUAGUUUAUUGAAAUAGGCAAGAUAACCAGGUAUAGAUCCCCCUUGAUUGCAAUGUCUCGUCGAUUGUACGUGGUACGUCAUGCCGAAAGAGAGGAUAACAUCAAUCACAACUGGAAGAAGAAAUACCCAGGAUUUAAGGAUGACAACACUCCAUUAUCGGACCGAGGAAGGAGUCAGGCUAAGGAUCUGUUGGCUUUGUAAGUACACAUUAUUUGUUUCUGUAAUCUAACUGUAAGGGUGAAUAAAGCUAAUUGGCACUAUUAUAGCUUACACUUUGUAGCUUUGAAGACAUUGACAUACGUAACAUAUACGUAUCUCCGUUCGAUCGUACAAUGGAGACGGCAACCAUUUUCCUAGAGGGUCAUGACAACAAGAUCAAUGUUGAACCAGGAAUAUGUGAAGCAAGUUGUUAUUUAUAUACAGUAUAACAAUUGACAAAGGAAGAAUAUUUUAUGCAGUACUCGUAGCCAAAGCUAUCUUUACGACAACUAUUUUAGGCUUUGUAUUUGUGUGUAUCUCCUCCUGGAUUCUGGGGCGUAGAGAAACUGAAGGAGAAGUUUCCGUUGGUUAAUCUAGAUUAUGACCCUGCCUUCUCUCCGCCGAUGCCCAAUGAAGGCUAUGGGGAUUCAGCAUUGACGCCACGAGUACGACAAACGAUCAACAAGAUCUUGGACGAGAAUCCUGGUUCGGGUGGGUUGUACUGGUUUAAUUAUACAUAGUUUUCAAGAUGUCAUUGUAAUCGUUAUUUUUUUACUGGAAACAUAACAUUCCUGUAAUAGAUUUACCAUGCUUUGAAAUACUGUAAAGUGUUAAUUCUUUUAAAAAUAAAAUUUUCAGGAAAUAUUGUACUGGUUGGACACGGAGCAUCAAUUGGUGGAGUACAUUCAGCGUUAGGCCAUGGAUUCCAAUACGUAGGCCAGGCUACAGUAUCCAUAUUCGAUGAAACUGCUCCAGAUUCCAAGAAGUUUAAACUAGUUGAAAGUAGUGGAGUCGAUCAUCUCUCGGCUUCGAAUAGAAAAAACCUAAGAGCUUAUUAG